UUUUAGAACUACAAUGCGUCAUCGAAGGUUUUGAGGUCGAGCGUGUAUCGUGUUUGUGUUGGUGAUAUUAUUUAUUUUACACUGUUUGUGAAGAAGUAUACAAGUGUUUAUUGAUCAAAUAUUAACCAAAGCUUAAAAAGGUGGUCCUCAUCAAUCAAACUUUUUUUUUUUUUUUAUUGUGGAAAGAGCUAUGAAACCAGAUAAAAUGUCAUCAAAGAAGAAUGGGUACCAGUCUGAUGAUGAAAAUGUACGAUACAAGAUCAACACAAAUUAUUUGAAUGCUGUGAAGUCAUCAGUCAAAGAUAUAAAGAAGCAAGAAGUGAAGAAUGAGGAUGAUGAUGUGCGAUACAUGUUUCCCACAGUUCUAUCUAAGCCAAAACCCUUAGACCGCAAGCCAAAACCAAAGGCUAAAAUAAAAGUAAACUUCUGGAGCAAUAAACAGUCCAGCCGGCUUCAUGACAAUUUAAACAACAAAGAAAAGUCUACUCGUAGACACACAAUUGCAACAACAUCAAAAGAGCCUUCUCCAGUAAAACCUAAGAAUUCUGUAGUCAAAGUACGUAAAAGGGUGUCAUUUCUGCCAUCUCCUCUCUUUUCUGAUAAUCAUGUUCCAAUGGUCACAGUACCAGAUGACUUAACCAUACAGUUAAAUGAAGAAGAAGCUAAUGAUUUGGGAGAAGACUUAAAUCAGGCUUUUUUUAAUAGUGUCCUAUCUAAUAAUGAAAAAACUGGUGAGUCUAAACGGAAAGCAAGGAGUUCAAUGACUCAGACCAGUCCAAAGAGCAUGAAGCGUAAACGGAGUGCAGAAGACUCAGCACCCAGAAUUCACAGCAGUGACAAUGAAUUGGAAUUUUUCUCAAAAUAUGUAGUUCAAAAAUUAAGAAGAAUGGAAACCAAUCAACGCAUUUAUUCUGAAAAUUUGAUUAACACUGUACUCAUGUUAGGACAGUUAGGAAAGUUGAAUGGUAAAUCAAAAAUUGGUGAAACAUAAUAAUUAGCUAGUACAAAAAAGUACAACAACUAUGUUUUAUACUCCGUAUACUAUACCCAUUUACACUUUUGUGUAAGGUAGAUUUGGCUUUCUAUGUUAAUAAAUAAAUUAAUGUAUGUUUGGUAAUUAGGUUUGGUUUUAGAUCUUGUUUGUGUAUAAAACUAUAAUGGUGUUUCUAAAAUGUUUGAGAAUUUAAUAAGUAAUCAAUCUAAAAUGAACUUUUGAUGCACUCAUUUGACUCAUUUCCUGUUACCAUAAUGUUUAUUUGACUCCCUCCACAGCAUAAAAUUUGUAAUACAAAUAUCAGUGUAAUAUAGUAAUUAUUUUCCAAGAUCAGGUUUUAGAUCACUAAAUUAAUUUAAAUGUGCUAAUGGUAUAAUUGUAAGUUAAGAAAUGUUGAAUAUAGGUAGUGUUUUAGGCAUUUUUUAUACCUAAUGGAUUGCAUAAUAAUGUAACAUAUCAUAGAUCAUUAUGAAAAUGUUUAUAUUUAUUUGUGAACAUGCAUAAUAAGAUUAAAUUAUAAUAGGUAAUAUAUUUAACAAGCACAAUGCACAACCUAUAUGGAAACAAUAAUAUGUAAGGUAUUUUGUUGAAUUGUAUAUUUAUAGUAUUAAUCUUCUAAUAUGGUGUUAUACUAUUAUUUACAAAUGUACCUAAAUGAAAUUGUUAUGUUUGACCCUUCAGUUGAAUCUUUACAAGAACAUAGUUUUUGCGUUCCUUUGACUAGAUCUAUAAAAGAAGAAAAAAAUACAAAUUAUACAAAUUAAUUUGUAUAAUAAUAAUACUAUAAAUUUGUAUAAUAUUUGCUAAAUUAGUACCUACCUCUAUAUAAUUAAUUAUUUGAUUUCAUGACCAUGCAUAAAGUUUUAUUAGAACAUAAUGCAUUCGUUGAUUAUACUCAAUAGUAAUUUAUGUUUCCACUUUGUAAUAUUGUCAUGUAUACUUAUUGCCAAUAAAGUCUGUGAUUCCACUAUUCCGAACUCAUAGGUCUUAGCACGGUCCUAAAUCUUUUGAUGUUUAGUAACUUUACAUUAAACAAUGCGCAUUGUCACCACGAAAUCCGCUUAUGAUGCUAAAUAAAUGUAUUUUGAGACGAAAAAUUUGCAAAUUUAACAAGUUGUUUAUAAUACAAAUGCGAAAAUUCACCAGUUCCUGUGUGAAAUAGUUCUUGAAGUGUUUUUGUAGUUACAUAUAGACUGCUAGAAUAUUCAACGUUUUGUGCGCGGAUUCUAUGACAAUGGACAUUUUCGAACAAUUUAGUGUUGAAUUGUCGAUAUCAGACUGGUGCUUGUAAGGUUUCGGAAGUGUUGUUCGUUCUAAAACGUUCUUUGUAAACGAAAGCAAUUAUGAAGGUGUUAUUUGUAACUUUGUAAGUCAGAUAAAUAUUUACUUGUUUCAAUGUUAUUAGCUCAAAAUGUAACGAUGGUUUUGCUGUAUGAUUUACGCUGUGUUUAUAUGAGUAUCUUGAACUUGAUCUACAUAGAUUUAUUUACAUUUGUGAGAUUGUGCAGAGGCAUUGAUUUGUCUCACUAAUAAAUAAUUAAACUAA